CGCUCGCCGCACCGUCCUCGAGAUGCUCUGGGACCGAGGAUACGCCAUCUCCCGAUCCGACAUCGACCAAACCCUAGCUGACUUCAGGUCCUCUUUUGGAGAAAACCCUGAGCUCGCUAAGAUCAAGAUCGAAGCGGUUCUUCUUCGUGAUCCCUCCAAAAGGAUUCUUGUGGUCUUUUGUGGGGCGGCUCCAGUCAAACUGACGACUGCGAGGGAUCUCUCCACACAGUAUAGCAAAGAAAAUUGGAGCCGGAUGAUUCUCGUCUUGCAGAGCAAUAUGACAUCCCAAACUCGAGAAAAAAUGAAGCUGCUUUUCCCAUUCAAAGUUGAAAGUUUUCACGUUUCUGAGCUAUUAAUAAACAUAACAAAGCAUGCCUUGAUGCCAAAUCAUGAACCAUUGUCAGAAGAAGAAAAGCAAAAGCUUUUGAAGAAGUACAGUAUAGAGGAAACUCAGCUUCCACGAAUGCUGGAGAGCGAUGCAGUUGCCAAGUACUAUGGAUAUGAGAAAGGAACGAUUUUGAAGAUAACCUAUGGAGGUGAGCUUACGAAAAACCACGUCACUUAUCGCUGUGUUGUGUAAGCGUAAUGUUUGCUCUUGACAAACUUCUCAUAGUCAACACAUGUUAAUGCUUUUUGUAUCAUGUAAAUUAUCCUUUGUUCUUAUGUUUUUAGGGGAUGCUACUUAACUUCGGUUACUCUGGUAACCUUCUGGAAUUCUAACAAUGUGCUAUUAUUUAGUGUUGUAUUCUCAACAAAAUUUCUUACGUUUUCUGUUCCUCA